UAGUUCAAUCGAACUUAGUUUAGAAAUAGAAGUACUGAAUACAUGUGCUCAAACUGACCACCCAAUUCUUCAUUUCUUAAUUAACCCUCCUAUAAGCUUCAGAACCCUAUAUAACCAGAACUAAACAAUACUACCAUUUCAAUCUCAAUCUUUGAGGUGGUGGUGGAUACAAUGAUUGAGCACAGAGAAAGAGAAGGACCCUUGAUGAAGAACAACCCUUAUUCUCUAAGCAUAUCAAAGAUUGUUACCGCUGUAAUCAUAGUAGUUCUUACUGGAUGCAUCAUAGUUUUCUUUUUUCCUAAUGACUUCUUUGCUUCUCAAUCCAUUACCUCAAUUCGUCUCUUCCCUUUUGCUGGACCCAAGACCCAGGAAAAUUCAACUAAAUAUGAAUCCUCAAAAAGAUCCAACAUUUUAAUUGCAGAGCUAAAAAAACAGUUGAGGGAGUUGAGGGAAAGGCUUCGGCUUGCAGAGCAAGGGAAAGACCAUAUUGCAUCAGUUAAAGAGGAAAAAGCUGGACCUUUUGGUACUGUCAAGGCAUUAAGAACCAAUCCUAUUGUUGCUCCUGAUGAAUCCGUGAACCCGAGAUUGGCAAAUUUAUUAGAGAAAAUCGCAGUUAAACGAGAGAUCAUAGUUACCCUUGCAAACUCAAAUGUGAAAGAGAUCCUCGAGAUCUGGUUCACCAAUAUCAAGAGAGUUGGUAUACCUAAUUAUCUAGUUGUUGCCUUAGACGAUGAGAUUGCAAAGUUUUGUGAAUCGAAUCAAGUCCCAUUUUACAAAAGAGACCCGGAUAAUGGUAUUGAUACUGUUGGAAAAAUUCCAAACGGCGAGGCUGUCUCCAGUCUCAAAUUCCGUAUUCUAAGAGAAUUUUUGCAGUUGGGAUACAGUGUUCUUCUAUCAGACAUCGAUAUUGUAUAUUUGCAGAAUCCUUUUGAUCAUCUAUACCGUGAUUCGGAUGUUGAGUCCAUGAGCGAUGGUCAUAAUAACAUGACAGCUUAUGGCUACAACGAUGUCUUCAACGACCCUGGGAUGGGUUGGUCUAGUGGCGUUUUUACCAGGAGGAUAUUUGUUUACAAUGCUGGUUUCUUCUAUAUCAGACCAACCAUUCCUUCAAUUGAGCUUUUGGACCGUGUGGCAGCACGACUUUUGAAGGAGAAAGCAUGGGACCAAGUCGUUUUCAACGAGGAACUCUUUCAUCCAUCAUAUCCUGGUUAUGACGGGCUUCAUGCUGCUAAAAGAACUAUGGAUAUAUAUCUUUUUAUGAAUAGCAGAGUUCUUUUCAAGACAGUGAGGAACAAUGCUAACCUCAGUAAAUUGAAACCGGUUAUUAUUCACUUGAAUUACCACCGUGAUAAGCUUACGCGAAUGAAAGCAGUUGUUGAAUAUUAUGUUAAUGGGAACCAAGAUGCUCUCAAACCUUUUCCCGAUGGCACACCUCGAUAACCUUGUUAUGUCUAAGCUGUUGUUCAAAAACUUAACGAGCACCUAUACUUAUGCUUUUACCCUCAUUUUCACACUAUAAUGUUUGUUGUAUACUUAACGAGCACCUAUACUUAUGCUUUUACCCUCAUUUUCACACUAUAAUGUUUGUUGUAUACUUAACGAGCACCUAUACUUAUGUCUAAGCUGGUGUUUUUAUCUCA